AUGAAACAAGCUGUAGUGUAUAUGUCGCAGGCAAAUGGUUGUUUCAGGUCCAGACAUCCAACCAGAUUACUAGUGGAAAAGAGGACUUUUAUGACUACUUGUGCGAUUGUGUGCGCUUCAGGGCAAGCUUUACCUCCAAUUCUUGUUUCCCCGAGGAAAUAUUACAAGGAUUUUUUGUUCACUACUGCACCUCCUGGGUCCCUUGGACUUGCUAACCCGAGUGGAUGUAUGAAUACGGAGCUGUUUGUCCAAGUCAUGCAGCACUUUAUAAAACAUACUUAUGUAUCCCUAGAAAACCCCACAUUGUUAAUAAUGGAUAAUCACGAAUCCCAUCUGAGUAUUGACGCUUUGGAUCUAAUCAAAAAAUCUGGGGUUUCUGUUCUUACUCUGCAUCCACACAUAACAGUUGAAAUGCAACCAGUUAAUGUGGGCUUAAACGGACCAUUUAAAACCUAUUAUAAUAGCGCUGUAGAUUCCUGGUUACGAAGAAAUCCAGGCAAACAGAUGACAAUCUACAAUUUUGCCGAGUGUGUGGGUCAAGAAUAUCAAAAAGCAAUGACCCCAAUAAAUAUUGCAACAGCCUUCAAAAAAUGUGGAAUUUUUCCUUACAACGCAGACGUUUUCGAAGAUAUAGAUUUGAUGCCGUCAGCAGUCACCGACAGAGAACAACCAGGAUCAUCUUCAAAAUUGCCCAUUUCUGCUUCUUCAGACCACCUGUGA